AUGAGAGAAAAAGAAGAGAAACAAAGAAAGAAACAAGAGUUAGAAGAAAAAAGAAAAUUAAUAGAACUUCAAAAAGAACAAGAACGAUUGAAGAUUGAAGAAGAACGAAGAAUUUUAGAAAUAGAAGAACAAAAGAAAAAUGAAUUAUUAACACAAGAACGAAAAGAAAAAAAAAUUCGAUUAUUAAACUUAUUUAAUUUAGAGAAAGAAAAUGAACAUUUUAAAUGUGGGAUCAAAAAUGUAAUUGUACAAAUGGAAGAUGAUGAAUUAAAUACUAUCUCAUCAUUACAAGAGCAAUCAGCAAUAGAAUUUUUGAGACAUAAAACAAUUCAAUAUCUUGAAAAGAAAGAAAAAGAAAGAGAACAUCAACUUCAUAGAAAUGUAUUAGAUGAAUGGAAUUCUAAUGAUAUUGAAUUAUUUAAAAAAGGAUGUAAAAAAUUUCCUGUUGGUACAGAAGGAAGAUAUAGAAGAAUUGCAACAUAUAUGAAAACAAAGAAUGAGAGUCAAGUUAUUGAAUAUGCAAAAGCUUUAAAUGCAAAAAUGCAUACAAAUAUUCAACAAAAGAAAAAUAAUAAUAAUAAUAAUGUUCUUGAUUGGAGCAAAGAACAACAAAUUCAAUUACAAAAUGGUAUUAAACAAUUAAAUGGUUAUAAAGAACAAGAUAAAUGGGAUAAAAUAGCUCAAAUGGUAGAAGGUAAAACCAAAGAACAAUGUAUUGAAAGAGCUCAAUAUUUAAAACAAUUAGCAUUACAAAAGAAAUCAAUGAAAUAA